CAACAUGCAUAUACGGCAAGCAUUCUGAUACGCAAUUAUAGCGUCACUAUAGUAAGUAGUUUCAAAUCGCAAGGACAAAGAAGUAGGGAGAUCCCCUACCCUAUCUACUUCCAGAAGCGUCGGUGGCAGUGUAACGUAUUUUUCAGUCCUUCGUCGGUCAUAGGUGUUGUGAGGGUUUUUGAAGUUUUAAUACGUUUACCAUAUCAAAAUCUUAACAAUUAUGGAGAAUGAUAUCGCAAGAAUUCGCAUAAGCUAUGCGUACAAGUUGAACUUGAGUAAAGAAGAUGCUGUAAAAUUAUUUGUGCAUACUAUAACGGCUAAUCCAGAAUGUGCUAAGCUUAAAAAGAACAUUCCAGAAGCAAUUUUAUACAAAAAGAAAGGAGAUUCCAGUUUGGCAGACAGCGCGUAUAAGGAUGCUCUUAAACAUUACACAAAGAGCUUACAACUAAUUCCAGAUAAUACCGAUAAAGAGGCCAUUAUCUAUAUGUCGCGGUCGGUUGUUUUAAGAAAACUCCAGGCUUACGAGGAAGCUGUAAUGGACGCACAGAGGGCAUUAAGAUGUCCCGUUUCGGAUGAUUUGAAAAAAAAAUUAUAUACUCGUAUUAAGAAACUACAAUUCCAUCUAGCCAAAAAAUCAAGGAUGGAAAAAUUAACUAACAAAUUUCGCGAGGAUUGCCCUAUUGUUGCGUAUGGGGAAAAUUCUGAAAUAGCUGGGGCAAGCAGUGCUUUGAUUCUUUCGAGGGACAGCGAAAAUAUUCUUCGGCUUUUUACCUCAAGACCUGUUAAGGCUGGGGACGUUCUGCUGGUGCAGAAACCCUAUAUAGCCGUAGUUGAUGAGAUAGAGGAAGAUUCAAUAUUUACUUGCCAUCAUUGCCUGAAACAUUAUUUGGCUCCUAUACCAUGCACUUCGUGUGCAAGGACACUUUAUUGUAGUACAAAGUGCUGUAACGAAGCUUAUAAUAUUCAUAAAUAUGAGUGCGAUGUAUCACUUUGCAAAACUAUGGAAUUCAUAGCAUAUUUGAAAAUGCUCAUUUUUGUAGCCAAUCAAGGUCGAGGGGCUGAUGAUGGAUUAAUAGCAAAUUGCCAUCGUGUAAUUGAUUCGUUGGUGCCUUUGCUGUUGACCGACAAGGAAAAAGUCGAAAAUAAUCAUUCACAAAAUUACUUAGCAUCAUUUAUGGCUGUCUUUUUAAAGACAAACACAGAUUUUUCUAGCGAAGACUAUGAUGUGUGUGGGUUGGCACAUGUAAUUUUACGUUUGGGAUAUUUGAUCCAGACUACAAGUGCCAGGAUCAAAUGCGGUUCGAAAAAUAACAUUCCGGGUAUCGCUGUUUAUCCGGUUUUAAGUUUGCUUCAAUGUUGUGAAUGGAACGUUAUAUCAUACACAUAUGGAACUACUGUCAACGUGGUGCGAGCAGGUAGAGACAUUGCACAAGGGGAGCAGAUUUUCGAAAACGAUUAUCAAGCUAUCAUACAGAAAACGGUUUUCGAGACUGAGAGAAUUCAGUUAAUAAAUGAAGUAUAUGUAUUGUGCUUCCAUAAUAAACAUAGCGAAGACUAUACGCCAGUAUGGAUUGAAAAACUAAAAUUACCCCUACGCUUGGUAAGACGUUUAAGAAAAUCUCCAAACAACAUACGAUACAUGUGGGAACUGAUGGACUUUAUGAACAAGAACGCAAAAAAACCAUGCUCCGGUCUCGACUAUAUGAAAAUGUUUUUGGAAGAUGCUUACAUGGGUUGUGAGAACGCAUGGCUGCGACGGUUCUACGAGGAUAUUGGACUCUGGUAAUGAGACUGGAACAUCCAGUGCCACUGAUCAACAGUAUUAUUUAACGAGCAUAACAAGUAGAUAAACAGUUAUAUGAAUAAGAAAGCCAACAGUGUAUAAUUAAAAGUUCAUUUUACUACUAAGGUUCAGUGAAAACUGGCAGAACGUGCCAAUGACAAUUCAUUUAUCAUUUUUUACAUUUGCAUCUAAAAGCCAAAUUCGGCUAAAGUAUCAAUGAGAUACUUAACUAAAUUAUUGGCUUAUUAUUAGUUUUACAUUAUAUACCUCGUCGAGAGUCACGAGUAAGUUACAUCAUGAUAAACAAAAAACUGAAAGAAGUCUUAUAAACAUUACUACAUAUUCCUACAUACAAGUACAUAUAUUUUACCAUGUUCUGUUUAAAAAGCUAUUAGCCUUUCAAAGAUCAGACAUAAUAAAAGUAUCAGCAACACGACUCUUGUUU